CUGUCCUCUCCUUUGCAUGCAGACUCGCCUCACAGAAUCUGAAGAGGAUGACCAAGAGUUUACGAGCGUUACUCAAGUAAAAUAGACUUCGCAAAUAUCCGGCCAUAAGAAACACAUAACACUACCGCAGUAUCGUACUCUCCUCUGUGAGCCAUGCCAGCGCCCGUGAGCAACACCAAUGGACUGUGCAAUGGAGGAGCUAAAGAAUCUCGCCCCUUCGUGUUCAGAAACCUCCAUUAUUUGCCCAUAACAGGCUUCCUGAGCUCUCUUAUCGCCAUGAUUGUACCUUACGCCAUCAGCGUGUACUUGGGGGACACACCUGCGAUUCUGCCAUUCAUCAGUGACGCUGGUGGAGAUCCUCCUCAGAGUAUAGUGUUCGGCCUGUUCCUAGGAGUCACAUCUUUCACAGCUGUGAUAGGUAUGUACAUGAAGUACCUGAUGGUGUGGCAGCAGAACCGACACAUCCGUGACGAGCGCGUGGACACGGUGAAUCGGUGGAGCUGUAUGGCCGGCCUUGUCAUCUGUCUCGGAGGACUCAUCGUGGCGUUGUCGCCUACGGGACACCUGCGCAAGGAUUGCACCUGGUACCCGCAAGGAAUGCUCAGCGCUGUCGUAGCUGAGUGGUUGAUGGUGUUCAUCUUCCAGUCCUACGUGCUGACGUACAUCCCAGACUUCCGCAAAGCGACGUUUGUGCUCGACGUGAACCUCGGUGGAGUGUGUGAAAAGAAGGAAUAGAAGCAGUGCGUGUGAAAAGCCCUUAGAACUUUUUUUUUACAAGAACUAUGAGGAGCAUAGACUCUUUGAUGCCUGUUAUGACCAUCGGUGGUAUGAGUGUGGAGAAUCUAUUCUACCUCGUAAACUUUACUAUAUUUUUACUUAUCGAGCCAGAGAAAUGCUACUGGCAUUGUAUUAUUUUAAACAUGUUUUACGCCAUCAUUUUUGCAAAUAAAUAUUGAGAC